GAGUCUGGAGAAAAGAGAACAAGAGCACGGUGGAGAAGAAAAGGAUAAGCUUGUAUUCCAUGUGGAACUCCUUCCCUUGAUUCUGCCGAAGUUGCAUGUGGCAUAAAGAUGACAUCAACACGUCGCCCUGUCAACAACAACAACAAUCAGCAAGCAACUCAGGAAAUCGAAAGUGUGAAGGAGUCCAUUAAUGAUAUAAUCAAUCAGCUACAGGACAUCGAUCCUUCUCGCCUCUCGUUCUCUCCCUUCCUCGACUUGGACACGCAGAUUUCUCUGGCGCCAGUGUCUGAUAGUCCAGAGUCUUCAGUGGAGGAGCUGCACUCCCCCAGUCACUCCAUACCUGGGUCCCAACUGUGCCUACAAACCCCAGCUGCUGAGGAGCAAAAUGGAGUACCCAACUGUCUGAACGAACACCACAGAUCCUAUGAUCAUAACAACAUGGAGGACGCCAUAGACGACCCUGUGACAAUGGACCAUCACACCCGCUCUCCCCCUGCUGAAAGCACACCUGACAAGCAACUCUACAGCCAUUCCCCACCUCCCCACGGACUGAACGGUGUCCCCAGUGGGGCAGAGGAACAGUGGAGGAGCCCCUCGGGAUCCAGCCAGCUAGACUCCACUAUGGGAGAGAACCACCCUCUCAUUCGGUCCCCAGGCGAGACCAUUGAACUGGGCCUUUGGGCCAACGCUACUACCCAGGACCAGGAGCGCUGUGAUGGGGACCUGGGUCUUACGGAGCACAGUCGUGGCAGUGGCUGUUGCUGCUCUUGUUGCAGUGGUUGCUCCUGCUGUAAGAGUGGCCGCGUUCCUGCCUUCUGCGCCACUGUCGCCUGCCUGCUGUGCCUGCCGGGACUGCUGUAUGCGCUGUACACAUACGUGCCCGUAGAGGCGCCCCAGUGCCCCGACACCACCAGCCGACUGGUCUUCACGCUCAGCUGCUGUGCAGUUGCUGCGCUGCCCAUCCUGAUGGCGGUUCUGACCGCCGGCCUGUGCCGCUUCUGCUCCGGGUCUCUGAGCCCGGUAGUGGAGGAGGAGAAGCCCGGUGCUCUGGCCCUGGUGCAGGUCUUCGUGACUGGCUCGGUGGUGCAGCUCUUCCUCUACAUCCUCAACUUGCUCGUCCUGGCCACCUUUCUGCCCCAAAACCAGCUCAGGGUCAUCCCCAUCCUGGCUGGUGUAUUUGUAGGAGGAAGGCUAAUCUACGGGCUGCUACUCCACACCUGCAGCUCCUGGAGAGCGUUCGGGUCAGGCCUCACCAUCUUCCCUCUCGUGGCCCUCAUGGCCUUCAACAUCUACUGCCUCUUCGACCUCGGCUCUAGAGACCUGUUCUUCGGCUCGUGGGACACGUAUGCUAAUGGUACUGAUGGGACGCGUUCCUCCGCGUGGCCUCGAAACGUCUCCAUGAGUCUGGGUGAGACGUAGAUGGAAGGAGGGCAAGAGGAUGGAGGAAUCACUCUGACUGUGCCGGGGAUGCUGCUGAACUCUGCUCCUUCAUGGGGGAAAGAAGAAGAAAAAAAAGAAGCUCGCUCCUAAAAUACCCCAUUCCUGUGGUUCACUAUUGGGCUUAGCUUCAAGCUGUGCCUGUAAAAGUGAGAGCCAAGCCAGUAAAUCUCUAAAUUGUGUCUUCUCGCUGCUUUCGCGCAGGACUGUUCAUUUUCAGCGCAUGUUUAUUGUGGAUCCCUUUUAAAAGUAGCCAGUGCAGCUAGGAGCAUGUCCCUGUGUGUGUGUGUGUGUGUGUCUGUUUGUUUUGAGGAGGCAACCCUUUGAAGAAUAUUCGACGGUUUCUUUGUUGCGUGACUAUUGUGUUUUGUAUCUUUGCCUGUUUUUAAUACACUUUGACAUGCUGUACUGCAAAUGAAUGAGUAUUUUUUCCCUUACCCUAUGAAUUUACACUAAAAAAGAUUUAAUUUAACAGAACAGAGAAAAUAAACCAUAAAAUCCCCCUUG